UACUGUUUUGAUCUUUGACAUUAAAGACGAGGUCGGAGGUGUUGUUGAUUGUUUACAUAAUUUAAUCUGCUUGAAUUAAUGUGUGCAGGUUUAACGUAGUAAAUUUGUAUAUUUACCUCGUUCUCUGAAUAGCUUAAAUUUAAAAUAUUUUGUUUUAAUUUAUUGAUUAAGUCUGUUAUAACCAAACAAUAGUUUCAUCUGAAAAAAAUAAUCAGCCUGGCCUAAUAGACGCUGUACAAAUAGGCCAAUGACUUCAAAUUUGAAAAGUAAUUUAUAAUAGGAAGCUGAUAAAAGAUGGUUCCAACUGAAGUUGAAUCUUCAGAGAAGCUCAAUACAAUCUUGUUUAAUCAGUCAAAAAAUGAACUUUUCAAACUCAACGACAACUAUAAAAUUUUGCAAAGGAAGCUUAAAGGGAACUGGAAAGUAACUGUGAACAAGGAUGAGAUCAGCGGAACAAUUCUCAGUGGCGUCAGUGUGUUUGUGAUUGCUGCACCACGCGAGCGGUUCACAGAGAGUGAGUUCAAUGUAAUGAAGAAGUACCUUGACAGUGGUGGCAGUCUACUUGUUCUUGUGACUGAAGGUGGAGAGAAGACCCUGCAGACCAACAUCAACUUCCUUCUGGAAGAGUAUGGCAUCAUGGUUAACAAUGAUUGUGUUGUGCGUACCCACUACUUCAAGUAUUUUCAUCCAAAAGAAUGCCUUGUAGCAAAUGGGGUUUUGAAUCGUGGAAUAGCCCAACAUGCUGGCAAAAAGUUGGAGAAUUUUUCACAGGCAUUGAGUUUCGUCUACCCAUUUGGUGCCACACUGAACAUUGCUCGACCAGCAGUAGCAGUGUUGUCUAGUGGUACAGUGGCGUUUCCUCUAAACCGUCCAGUCAUGGCAUUCUGUGCUCUGCCGUCACGCACACGCAGCGGUCACCCAGGCAUGUCAGAGAGUGGUGGAGGAAAGUUGGUGGUACUGGGCUCAUGUCAUCUGUUCUCAGACUCUUACAUUGACAAAGAAGACAAUGACAAAUUAAGGGAGGUCAUAUUCGCUUUCCUCACUUCUGACAAUGUUCAGCUUAACACACUGGAUUCUGAUGAUCCUGAGAUAACAGACUACUGUCAGGUCCCAGAUACCUGCCACCUGGCCGAUCUGCCACGAGGCUGUCUCCAGGAGGCAGUGGAUGAUGUGCCCACAGACUACACACGCCUUUUUGAUCAUAGCCUUUCCUCUGUUAACAUGGACAUGGUGCCUGCAGUGCUUGCUGCCUAUGAAGAGCUUCAGGUCAAGCACGAACCACUCAAACUCAUCCCCCCGCAGUUUGAGUCUCCUCUCCCUCCUCUUCAGCCUGCAGUGUUUCCUCCAUCUUUUCGAGACCUGCCACCGCCAGCACUGGAACUAUUUGACCUUGAAGAGGCUUUCAGUUCAGAUAAGGCACGGUUGUCACAACUGGCCAACAAGUGCCUGGGUGGAGGUGUGGGUGGGGGCAGAGUGGGAGGUGGGGCCGCCCUGGAGGAUGAGAUAGCAGACCUGGAGUACUGGAUAAGGGAGGCAGGGAGGAUCAUCGGAGUGGGCAGUCCAACGGAUGAUGCUGCCAAAAUACUGCAUGCUGUUGCACUGCUAAUUGCAGAGUUCAAGAAGAAUAAUGUAUUCAAAGAGGAGAAAUUAAUAUAACUGCAAUAAUUCUUGUUGUAAUGUUCACUUCCUGUUGUGUUACAGUAUUACUUUUAUUAUAAAUCAUUAUAAACAUUGAGUUGGA